CUCCCACUAGGCGUCGCCACGUUCGGGGUCACGUGAUCACAGUUUCUAGCGACAUUAGAAGCAGCUACUUGUAAAUAUAUACAGUGUAUAUAGCGAUGAGCACACAGAAUCGUUCAGGAGGUGGCGGCGGUGGUGGCCAGAAGGCCAAGAAGGGCGCAAAUCCAGCCUCAAGUGGUGGAAAUGAUGGGAAUACCAACAAGAAAACAGAACAUGCAAAGACAGAGAAGGAGAAACCACAUGCAAAGCCAACUGCUGAACAGAUACGAAUUGCUCAGAUAACUGACAUCAAAGGUGGUCUUGAGGAUUCGAAGAUGCAGGAGAAAGUGGCUAGCAUCAUGGAGACAACUCAGCGAUCCGAAGAGGAUGUAUGUUAUGCUCUCUAUGAGUGUGACAAUGAUCUCGAUAGGGCCGUGAUCUUUUUGCUGGAGACACUGACGGAGGAUGCCUUCGAGAAGACGUCCAAGAAGAAGUCAAAGAAUCGCACUUUGUCCACCAAUAACAACAACGACGGAGGCGAUGGUGAUUGGUUGGAGUCCAAUAGUACCUCCAAUGCCAGAUCAGGCAAUCAGGCUACUGGACCUGACAAGGAGCGCUCACGCAGCCGUGGCGGGAUGCGUGGGGGUCGUCAGGGGUCCGAUAGUCGUGGUUGGCGCGGCAGGGAGGCGCGUGAGAAUGAGCGCAAUGCUGCAGAUACCAAGGGAGGCGACGGAUGGCGUCCGGGUCGUGGACCAGGACGCAGCGGAAGUGGCCGUGGAGGCUAUGGUGGGGGCUCCCGUGGGGGUCGUGUCGGCAGAAUGGGACGCGGAACGGGAUCUCGGGAUCAGGGCAGGGGCUUCUCGCGCCAGCCUGACAAUCUUGAGCCCGUGGACUCGUGGGACAACAGCCAGGCCAACACCACCGAUGUUAAGGCUGAUGACACUUGGGGAGACUGGGACAAUGAGGAGUACACUGGCUCAUUGGCCGAUAGUAAAGUAUUUACGCCGAGUACGGCGACUCAGCCGUCAACGGGAGGAGAAUUGGCAGCGCCGCCGGGAUUGGAACAGCAGAUCCUCAAUCCACCAUCAGCUCAUGCUGAUGAUUUGGUUGGGGUGCAGCAGUUCACCGGUAGUGCUGUUGUCUCCAGCACAACGACGGCUGCUGUUGUGGCGGGAACGGCUGCCAUCAACAACAAUUCGGUGCAGUAUCCGGAAUUGGGGACGGCAGCGCAAAUUCGUCAGGCACUCGAUAUGCCACAGAUUAAUUCAUCGACACUGUCGGCUGAACAAUCUCAAUACUUCAAUUCUCUCUCAUCGCAGAAUUCCAGUCAAACGGCAAAUGUCAAUUCAUAUCAGCCGGCCUCAGUGCAAUAUCCUGCGGCUUAUGGUGCGAAUAGUAGUUUCGGGGACACGGUAUCCUCACAGCCCACGGUGCGCAAGACCACCCGGGCGAGGGUUCCGCCACCGUCAAAAAUUCCAUCGUCAGCCGUUGAGAUGCCUGGAGAUACGCUCAAUAACAUUGGGUACUUGGAUGUUCAGUUUGGUGGCUUGGACUUUGGUACGGAGGAUUCCUUUGAUACUCUGACGGAUAAGUUCAAUGCCACGAGUCUCGAUUCGACUUCCACUGUGUCGAAUCCGGGUGAUGUGGCGUCGGACUAUCAGUCGAAGAAUUCUCAGCAAUCACUUACGGCCGGAUUGCAAACAUCUCAGAUGAGGACGGCAAAUUCAGUGUCGCAACAAUCAUCGGGGUCUGUAAACAAUUCCGUGAAUGUGAUCAACAACAGUGCAGGAAGUGGUGCUAGUGGAUACCAACAAUACACGAACAAUACAUCAGCCAAGGGACCCACGUCGUAUCAGGCUGCUGGCACGGGACAGGGUGGUUAUAGCAACACCAAUUAUGCCAGCACUCAGGUUUCAUCGACAAAUAGCUAUCCACCGACGAGCUCGUACAGUUCGUACAAUCAGAACUCGGUCAAUUCGUACCAGAGUCAAAAUAGUGCGAAUAAUGUGGCGGCUGUGAACAACUCGAGCAACGCAUCCAACAGCAGCUCCACGACCAGUAUUCCCGUGGGUGGUGGAAGUGCUGGCGUGGGCAAUAGUGCAAGUGCGACCGGCAAUACGGGAUACCUUUCCAGCCAGUAUCCUGUGAGUCAAUCGUCAUCCGUGUUUCCAACACAGCCGAGUGCUUAUCAGAACAGUCCGAGUGUGUAUGGAAAUAGUUCGGGUAGGUACACGGGAAGUACAAAUACGUCCACGGCACAGUACAGUAAUUUUACAAGUACGAAGCUGAAGGAGAAUGCUGCUACAACAAUCAGUACUCCGUUUGAGAGCGUGACUUCGAGUUCAGUGUCGAGCAGUGCUCCGAGUGCGGUGAACAAUUCUGCCGUUACUACAAGUAGUAUGAGUUCACCAUCUCUGGGACUGACCAAAGUGACAAGUGCAACAUCCAAAACCAGUGGAAUGGUGCCCAAUAUUCCUCCAAUGGUCAGUCAGUAUAUUCAAACGGCGGGUGUUCCGUUCUAUCAGCCUCAGGCGAUGUAUUCAUUAGAGGACUUUCAAAUAAUGCAACAGAGGAUGCCCCACAUGCAACCUGAAUAUUACAACCUCAAUUAUCCGACACCAACGAGCUUGGGUGCUGGAGUUAGGGAUGCAAAUUUAGGUUCUGUGGCAGCAUACUCGACGAUGUCCGACGGACGCUUCACGAGGACAGACAAUAAUUCUAGUCCUGUUAGUAAUGUGCCCAGUACAAUGUCGCAGCAAACGGGAUCUGGUGGGCAGUUGAUGAAUGUUCCAUACUAUUUUUAUGGAGCAAAUAUGGUGCCGGGGAGCUUUCAGUAUGGAAUGUAUCCGGUGAGAAAACAACAAAUGGCAACUGCGAGCGCCACUUCGGGAGGACAGUUCCCGAAACCAUCGUACAACAGUGCUUACGGUUCGACGGCUUAUGACACGCUGAGUCAGACAACGCAGGACUACAGCAAGAGUGCCUAUCCGGGAUCGGGCGUGGGGCAGCAAUCCAAGGGACAAAAUGUCAAUAAUCCACCGCCAGCGGGAACGGGCUCAGACAUCACGUCGUCAAUGUACAGCAAGACUCACGUGGCGCUCAACAAAGUUAAUUCCUACGAAAAACAGUCCUUCCACUCAGGGACUCCGCCACCGUUCAACUUAGCCGGCACCCAGACGGCAGGAGCCACAUCAGCUCAACCGUAUGGCAUGUACAUUCCGGCAAUUCCGCCACCCCAUCACAACAUGAACAUGCAUCAGCCGAUCCAUCAGGAUUCAAACAGCAGUGGUCAACGUCCACAGUCGAGCAGUCAGGGAAAAACGUACUGGACGGCUCAAAAUUAAACAAAUGAAAAUUAAAAGAUUAAAAAAACAAUGAAUUUUAUUCACUUCCCAUUCAAAAAAAAAAGAUAACACACAAUUCAAGAGUGUUAAAUUCUUUUUCUUACUUCCUGUAUUUUUUUUUAAUAUUUCUCUUUUCAUUAAAAAUUAAAGUAAAAUAAAAAAUUGUGCGGAUUUUCUAAAUAAAAUUAUUUGUAUUCAAUCUUUGAUAAUGACUCUUUUUUUUAAAUUAGAUUAGCUUGGUUUUUUCUGGAGAUACAAAGGCGAAUUUAAAGAUGAAAAAUUUAUUGUAAGCACUUUCUAUGGCAGUGAGAAAAACUUUAAAAAAAAUAUUGAUACACAUUUUUAAAAAGAAAUUUUAAAAUAACUAAAAAUAUCUUUCUGUUUUAUCAAAAUUCAAAGUAGAAAGAUAAUUUGUGUGAGUAAAAUGGUAAACGGUAGCUGAAAAUGGGAAGACGCACUUUUGAAAGAAUUUUUGAGAAAAAUUUCCCUCCAAAAAUGCAGAAAUUUGAAUAACAAUACGCAAAGAAUUCACCAAAAAAACGAUGCAAAAUGACUUACUUUUGCAGAUAGGAAAUAAAAGUGAGAAAAUUUAAAGAAUUUAACACGCUCUACAUGUUACAGCAAUCCCCGUAUAUACACCAUAUUAUUGUAAUUUUUGCUGUUUUACGAGCGGACACAAUUGAUUAAAAAAAAAAACAGUAAACUUUAACUAUAUAAAAUAUGCGAUUAGUGGACAAUUGAUUUGACUUCGGUACGAAAGAAAGAGAUCAGACAUGAAGUAAAAGAAGUUGAGAGAGAACGCUUAUAACGGAGAGUAUUUAAUUAAUUUUUAUUUAAUUAAAUACUAAUAAAAUCGAGAAGCGAUUGAUGAAAAUAUUUAGUAGAAAAGAAUCACUAUUGAUAACAUAAAAAUUCAUAUAUAGAAAUGGAAGGAGAAAAAGAAUGAUUAUUAUAUUAAAAAAAAAGUAUAGAUAAAACAAAAGAUGAAGAUAAAUAAUUUGAGGAGAUAAAAUUGCAUUAUAGCAAUUUCAAUUAAUCCCUUUUAUUGUUUUAAUUUCUCUUAAAUAAUUAUUAUUUUAAACAGAUAUUAACUUUAAUGUGCUAAAAACACUUAAUUUAAUAAAAAAGAAGAAAAAAAACAAAGAGAAAAAAAGAAAAAUACAAUUAAAGUAACUAUUUAGUGGAAAUAAUAAAGAAAAAAAAAGAGAAAAAGUAAAUCACACAAUUUUACUAUGGAGAUGAAAAUUAUUGAUAGUAAUUGAUAUAUAGAGAAAAAUUAAAUAAAAAAAAUUAAUGAUGGAAAUAAAAUUUAACACAUUAAGAAAAAAAAAUGUAUGGAUAUAUUAGUGAAGUGAGAAGAGAAGAAAAAAUAAUGAAAAGAUACUUGAAAAAAAAAUGAACACGUUUUUUUUACUGUUUAUAAAAAAAAGGUAUAAUAGUGAACAAAAUACAUUAAUUAAAAAGAAAAGCAAAAUAAAAAAAAAACAAUUACGUGAAAAAAUGGAAAGAUAAAAUAUGUGUAACGUUUCAAAAAAAAAAAAAACUUUUUAGAGUAAACAAAAGAAAAACUGCAUUUUAACUCUCUAGAAUGGCAAAAGAAAAAUUUAAAGCAGUGGAGAAUUUAGUAUGUGAGAGGAAUAAGGCAAAAAGAAAAACCAUACGAGAUGAGAGAAAUUUUUUCAUUAUGGAAAUGGACAAGAUAAAAUAAACACAGAGAAAGACUUCAA